GUCGUUCGACUCAUUCUAUGGUUAAGUUGGCGCCUAUCAAAAUCAAACUAUAUAUUAUUAUCUUUAUUUUUGCAUUCGUUCGUCUAAUUGCUAUUUACUUUUAUGUGUGUCCGGCGAAUAAUAGUAAAAUAGUUUAUCAUCGUGAGCGAUUCCGAUGUUUUGCUUCAAAUAGUUCAAAUCCCAUUGUCUUAACGCUCUCAUUGACGCGGACACAUGCAAAUCGAUUUGACUCGUCUGUUUUUGAGCGGCUGGAAUUCAUUUACUCGAUCGUCUAGUUUUCAAGCUUGGUUGCUAUCAAGUAUAACACAAAAACAAUUAUGUCUCCUAAGAAACAAUCUCAACGAGGUGGAGGAACAAAAGGUAGCGAAAAAUCUGCUAGAAAAGGUCCAAAAUCACAUCAAACACUGCCAUCUAAUACACUGAAAACUGAUGACACUGCAGCUCAAAGUACAUCAACUGUACAAAUGCAUGCAGCUGUUGAAGAAAAAGUACUUUUGUUAACCAGAUUAAAACCCCAUGAAUUUAAACGUGAUUCAGCAAUCAUGUCAUUAAUAAGUCAAGAUGAAAAUGGUGAACAAAGUAUAACAGAUGAUCAAUUAGAUCGCCUUCAGUGGGAAUUUGAAUCAUUAUUAUCUGAUGUAAUUGUGCGCAAAAAAACAAUCAAAAAUGAUUAUAAUUUAAUUACUUCUCGAAUUAAAAAUGAAAAUAACUCUGAAACACCUAUAAUCAAAGCAAAAGUUGCUGAAGAAAUAUUUCACAAUGAUGAAUCUUCUUUGAACUUGACCAACAUUGGAUAUGAAUUUUCUGACCCAGAAGAAUUACCUCCAGACAAAACUGAAUCAGCAGAAAAAUUUUGGUCUCUGGUUGAUCCUUAUCUUGCUGAUGUAACUGAAGAAGAUCUCAAUUGGUUAGAAAAUUUGGUUUUGUCUUAUGACUCUAAAUUGAGUAAAAUACCACCUUUAGGUAUACAUUAUACAAAACGUUGGGCACAUCAAGAAUUAAAUACAAAAAAACAACAGGCUUCAAGCUCUCAUCAGCCAAAUUUAAAUGUUCAAUUAACUGAUCGAAUAUCUCCUGAAGUGGUAGAAUUGAUUAAUAAAACUAAUAAUGCUAUGUACAAUGGUAAUAAAUCAACACCAAUAUACCAAAAAGUUAUUGCAGCUCUUUUAGAGCAUUCAAAUAUGUCUCAAAAGGACAUUGAUGAUAAUAGUGUCACUGAUAGUGACAAUGAAGACAAACCAGAAGAAAUGAGUAAUGUUUGUAAAGAAUUCUAUGGGGAACAAAAUAUUAGAAAGCAACUACAGAAAUUAGGGUUAGUUGGUAAUCAAAGCAAGCCAGUAACACCACCUUCAAGUCAACCUCAUUCACAAUCUCAGGUUGCCAAUGUCAAUGAUGAAAUUCUUGAAGAGAUUAUCAAAUGUGAUAAUGAGCUAUUAAAUUUACGAAAAAUGAACAAAAAUCAUUUAACUACGUUAUUAGAAAGAGCCCGUGUAGGUCAUGCUUACCAAAUGAAAAAAAAAGGACUCCAAAAACUGGAUGAUCAGAUCUUAAACUUAAAAAAACAAGGCAAUCCUCAAAAAAAGGGAAAGACUGCACAUAUGAGUAAAGAAUAUGAAGAAAUUAGAUCUCUAUUAAAUAAACGUAGUGAUUAUCUUAUGCGAAUGCAAUCCUCUACUUCUUCUGAUACUAAUGACUCUGAAUUAAAUAUUAAAGAAGAAAUCGUCAAAACAGAUGAUAUUAUAAAAAAGAAAUCAUAUGAAGAAGACGAUUAUAUUGUUAUUUCAGACGAUGAAUCCGAUUAAAGGAUAAUAUAUUGUAAUAGUAAUAAUACUCAACUAUAACUUAAAAUAAUGUAGUUUGUAAUUUUUUUUUAAUAUAAUGUUACACAAAUUUAUAUUUAUAUAUCAGUACGUAUAUACAU